CAGCAGUGAAGUGAAUGGGAGCGCGUUUGAGUGCCACACUGGUCUAUCUGCCUAACGUGCUGCAACGAUGACCGCUCAAAACUGUUGUUCUGGCAAAUUACUAUCCAACAGGGCCACGGGAAAACUCAGCAUUUCUGUCUCUUAAAGCGGCCAUACUGGUAAAUGCGCACUGAUCAGUCACGGUGUUGGUGCCUACAGAGGAACAGCGCGGAUCUGCAGCCGCCGACUAGAGAUGCACGCACGUACACGGAGAUAAAUAGCCUACUUUGUAAUUUCUUAUGGGAUUUUUCACUUCGUUUGACCCGAUUUGAGUAGGAUUAUGACCACUCUUUUCAUAAUGAGGCGCAUUUGUAGAUAGGGCGUUUUUACGUCCACAUUAUGCAGUGGAAACCCUGCUAAUCUAAACAAACGCUUUUCUAGUAACGCUACUGAACUGGACACUGAACUGGACACGACAGGUCUGCAAAACGUGGAUCGCUAGCGUGACUUUUGCUGUGUGGUAUCCCUCCCUGCGCUCGUGGCUUUGUAAUGGCUCAUGGGUCUUUUACCUGAAUAUUCGGCAGUGCUAUCCAUCCUGACGCUUUUGGGGGCUUCCUCUGACAAACUGCGUCACCGAGUGGGCACUGCAAGAACUCCCCUAUAGAUUUCCCCCAUUUGAAAGUGUACAGACCCUCGUGCGCUGAAAUCCAAGCGUUCAAGUGGAUCUUUUGUUAAACCAUGGAUGUAAAUGGUAGCGUGAACUCUGACCUGCACCAGAAACGCCCCUCUGUACCAAACUCCCGUGGUGAAUCUGAUAUUAACAAAGACACGAAAGAUGGCAGGGACUCUAAUGCCUUCCCUUUGUCUAGUUUUCAGAAAAAUGUCCAUCAAAGAUUUAUUAGAAGAAAUUUAUGGUUUGCCGAUGUGGAAGAACAUGCUUUUGAGGCCCCUGAAUGUGACAAAAAGAAUAAGUUACUCAACAUUAACUUGCGAACAAUUGUGGACAGGAGUAGGAGUGCUAGUUUGGGGAUUCAAGAAGGUUCCAGCACUGAGAGCCAAUGUGGGCAAAAGGACAGUGCCACAGAGAGUGCCAGUGCAGAUGAGGAUAAGGACAAAGGUGGAGAGGUGUCAAACGUGAUGUGCCAAGACGGUGGUAAGACGGCGGUGAAGUCAGCCAGCGAGGACAACGAAGAGGAGGCAGAGAUGAAGGCAGUGUCCACAUCUCCAGGAGGACGCUUUCUUAAGUUUGACAUCGAGUUGGGCAGAGGGUCCUUCAAGACGGUCUACAAGGGCUUUGAUACGGAGACAUGGGUGGAGGUGGCCUGGUGUGAGCUACAGGAUCGUAAACUGUCCAAAAUGGAGCGUCAGCGCUUCAAGGAGGAGGCAGAGAUGUUAAAGGGUCUUCAACAUCCCAACAUCGUUCGCUUUUAUGACUUCUGGGAGUCUCCUCUCAAAGGGAAGAAAUGUAUUGUGUUGGUGACAGAGCUCAUGACAUCAGGAACUCUCAAAACGUACCUCAAGCGUUUUAAAGUGAUGAAACCCAAAGUUUUGCGCAGCUGGUGCCGUCAGAUUUUGAAAGGCUUGCAUUUCCUCCACACACGGACCCCUCCCAUCAUACACAGAGAUCUGAAGUGUGACAAUAUCUUCAUUACUGGUCCCACAGGCUCAGUGAAAAUAGGUGAUUUGGGACUGGCAACACUGAAAGCAGCCUCCUUUGCAAAAAGUGUUAUAGGCACACCAGAGUUCAUGGCACCAGAAAUGUAUGAGGAGCACUAUGAUGAAGCAGUGGAUGUCUAUGCUUUUGGCAUGUGUAUGCUGGAGAUGGCCACUUCAGAAUACCCCUAUGCAGAGUGCCAAAAUGCUGCACAGAUUUACCGCAAAGUCACCAGUGGAGUUAAGCCAGCCAGCUACAACAAGGUCAUGGAUCCAGAAAUAAAGGAGAUUAUUGGGGAGUGCAUCUGCCAAAAGAAGGAGGAGCGGUACACAAUCAAAGAACUUCUGAACCAUGCCUUUUUUGCUGAGGACACAGGUGUGAGGGUGGAGCUUGCAGAAGAGGAUGAUGGGAAAAAGGCGUCCAUCGCUCUGAAGCUGUGGGUAGAGGACCACAAAAAACUGAAAGGGAAAUACAAAGAAACUGGAGCCAUUGAAUUUUCAUUUGACCUGGAGAAAGAGGUUCCUGAAGUUGUGGCACAAGAGAUGGUGGAGUCAGGCUUCUUCCAUGAGAGUGAUGUAAAGACCGUGGGAAAGUCCAUCCGGGACCGGGUGGCUCUGAUCAAGUGGAGGAGAGAGAGGACAGUGUCUGCUUUUCUUAGACAGGACAAGGCACUGGCCACAACCACACAGACCUCCUCCACCAGAGCUGAACCAGAGGAACCAGAGCCUGACCAUCACAAUCGCCUCUGCAACCUCCCAACCAGUACCACAUCGGUCACAUCUGACAGCACAUUGGACAGUGGUACAGGCUCCACUGUGUACUCAGACUCACACAGCAGUCAGCAGAGCAUCCUUUACCAGUCACUUCUUGAACCCACUAUGACAACACAGCAGCAUGGUCAGUCCCCAGUCCGACCUCGCUCCUGUGACAAAGGUGAAGUGUGGAGACCUACUCUGAGCCCUGAGAUCCGGACGCGUUUGGGCGCUGCCGCCAGGAGGGGGAGUGCUCCUGUUAUACCUGUUAUAGACACUUACAGAGCCAAUCAUAUCAGUCAACUUAACGGCCACAUUCACGCUCAGAGGUCAGUUAGUCCCACCCCCGUCCUCGAGAGCCAAUCAGAGUUGAGUCCUACAGAACUGGAAGUAGAAGAUAUAUUUCCCUCUCCUACGACUCUGCAUCCUUUAUCCCCAGAGCGCCGCCUUAGUGACACGUGUGUGAGACCCUCAUCUGAAUCGACCAAUCAGAAUCUAGCUGUUCCAGCUCUAGGUGGACGCAGGCACUCUGACCUAAGCAGUCUUAUGAGUCUAACAUCUCAUCACAAUCAUUUACUGUCCAUGCACAGAGGACACACAUGCCAGGCCUGCUUGUCUUUGCUUUACAUGAACAAUCGCCCUCCCCUGUCAAACUAUAAUGACCUUCAGUAUCCGACCACUGGGUUAACUCAUGGAUUAGGACGCCAUGGUUCAAGCCAGAAAAUUUCAAAUGAGUCUUCAGAUUUCUCACUGCUACAGAAGAACCUUUUUAACAUAAUCAGUGGAAAAUCAGCUGUUUGUCCCACUUCACACACCCAAACCAUGCACCCUGCUGUAGCUCGCCGGACACCUCGUAGUGAUGGAGAUGGCACUUUGAAAACACAAGUAUUGUCUUUGAUUGGAGACCUGGAAUCAUCUCAAGAUCCCUUGCCUGCAAACUGUUUAGAAGAUCCAGAGACCAGGGCCAAGGGAGUGGCUAGCUCUGUGGACCACCAGAAUCAGUCUAUUCAGGGCAUGUCAAGCACCUCUCUACAGUACCUCCAGUCGGGGCUCAACCACCCCACUGCUCCUCUCAGUUCUCUUACCAACGCUGCAGGCUACGCACCUCAAAAUGUACAGCAAAGUCAAGCGUCAGCCACAACACAAUAUAUUGCACAGGGCUACCAAACACAAAGUCAGCAACCACAGCAUCCAGCUAAUUCAAGCUUCUUUUCACUCCAACAAACCUACCCCAGUUGUGUGGCUUCAAAUCAAAUGCCAUCACAAGCUGCACCAGAAAUUUACAAUCAACAUUUGACAAAUCAGCCGAAGCACCAUGCAAUUUUGCAACAAAAUACUGUGCUUUCACAAACCCAGGCAGUUCUUACAAACCAGGACUAUGCACAUACCAUAAAUGGGCCACAACAACAUGCAGCUCCAGUCCAGUUUACUCAAACAUUUGUGGAGGAGGGUCAGAGCUUGCUCGCACAUGCAGCUCAGACUUCAGCUCACCAUCUCCAGCCCCUGCAGAUCUCAACUUCCCUCCAGUCUACACAAGCUUGCCAGCAGGUUCCCCAGCAGACCCAUGUCAUUCUUCCUGGAGCGGUUCCCUCGCAGUUAGUCCAGUCCACCUCUUCACCUGUGCACAGCGGAUCACUCCAUAGCACCUCUGCAGACAACAGCUGUGUGUCCCAACUGCACUCACAGCCCCAGAUCCAGCCCCAGAUCCAGCCCCAGAUCCAGCCCCAGAUCCAGCCCCAGAUCCAGCCCCAGAUCCAGCCCCAGGUCCAGCCCAGAUCCAGCCCCAGAUCCAGCCCCAGGUCCAGCCCAGGUCCAGCCCCAGAUCCAGCCCCAGGUCCAGCCCAGGUCCAGCCCCAGAUCCAGCCCCAGAUCCAGCCCCAGAUCCAGACCCAGAUCCAGCCCAGAUCCAGCCCAGAUCCAGCCCCAGAUCCCCCAGAUCCAGCCCCAGAUCCAGCCCCCAGAUCCAGCCCAGAUCCAGCCCCAGAUCCCCAGAUCCAGACCCAGAUCCAGCCCCAGAUCCAGCCCCAGAUCCAGCCCCAGAUCCAGACCCAGGUUCAGACCCAGGUUCAGACCCAGGUCCCAGUGCAGUCUGAGACCCAAAAAUCAACAGCGGAGAGUGCCAGUCUCACCCAGCACAAAGCACAAGUGGCUACUCAUGGAUCAGGAACAACUAUGGAGGAUCAAGCCACCGAGAAACACACUGCUGGCCAGAGCUAUGACAGUGUGAACUCUGAUGCCACGUCGGGGAAAGAGAUGAGCGAUGGGUAUGAGGGCACCCAUGGGAGCAGAAGUGAUGCAAAGGUCAGAAAACACCACCGCAAGACUUCACGGACCCGCUCCAGACAGGAGAGAAUCAGCAAGCCCAAACUGAGCAUGCUCAAUGUGUGUAAUACAGGGGACAAGAUGGUGGAGUGUCAACUGGAGACUCAUAAUCACAAGAUGGUCACGUUUAAAUUUGACCUGGAUGGAGACGCACCAGAAGAAAUUGCAAUUUACAUGGUGGAAAACGAUUUUAUUCUGCCGCUGGAGAAGGAGAUGUUUAUCGAGCAGCUGAAGGACAUUGUGGAGAAGGCUGAGGACAUGUUGAGCGAGGACACGGAGGGCGAGAAGGAUCCUGAUCUGGGAGGGAGCCCGAAACAGAACAAUACAGAUGGCACCGUAGAGACAGAGGGUUCCCAUGUUGUAUUUCCAAGCAGCCCUCAACUCGUAUAUCAGCAAAAUGUCCUGCACACAGGCAAGCGCUGGUUCAUCAUCUGCCCAGUGGCUGAAAUGCCCAACCCCAACACAGAGAAAACAUCUGUGACCUCUACAGAUCACGAAUCUGAAAACUCAUCUGUCAAGCCCACUUCCACGAGUGCUGCAGUGUCUACUCCUGCUGCAUCUUUAUCCAGUUCAACCUCCUCCACGCUGCCCCCUACAGACAAAACAACUUCAGUGCAACCACAGGACAAGACCCAGAUACAGCAGCCGCAGUCUAGUGUGACUAAACAUCCCCUUCCUCCCUCUAACCUCAACCAUUCUUUUUCUGUUGAGGAUCCUUGUAUCUCCAUGGUAACAGACAUGCCGUGCUGUGCCAUAGUGCCGCCUGUCUCCUUGGAGGUGAAUGGCAGCGAUAAAAUGGCUCUUACCAAUACGUUACCAUCUCAGAAGAAUCAAAAUAAAAUUAGUCCUACAGGAGAAAUUACUUCCCAACAGUCUGUAGUAUUGCAACAACCUUUCUCUUCAUCAAUGCAACCUGCAUCGCUUUCAUCUCAACCUGAAAGUCCUGCGCAUCAAGCACCCCAAACCUCCUCGGGUCAACAGCAGCCUGUGAGUGGCCACCAGGGGGAGUCAGACAGCGAGGGGCCAAGGAGAGUGGAGUUUGUGGAUCGAACAAUAAAGACUUUAGAUGAGAAGCUAAGGACUCUUCUCUAUCAGGAGCACGCACCAUCUCAGUCCUGUAACAACACCUCAGAUCAGCAGGCCUCCAGUGCAGAAGACAUCAGUUCCACACCAGGUUCAGAUGGACAGAGCACAGAGGGGGGACAUGCUAAGAAGAAGGGGGAGCCAAUGCCUCAGAUACCAGAGCAUGCAGAUGGUGUGAGUGUACUAGACUCUGCAGUGAAAGAUGCCAACAAGCACCUGAACAGAAAAGACGCUCCCUCCUCAAAAAGCCGUUUCCAGGUCAUUCCCACUCCUCCAGAUGCAAUUUGCAAUAUGGAGAGAUGCAAGACAAGUCAAAGUAUCUGUAGCUCUGUGGCUCCCUCUGGUGGUACAACUGGUUCUUACAGUCACACCAAGAGCUUAGCCAAGUCCAAUAAGACCCCCAGUGACAACAAUUGUGAAACAUCUAAACCUUACAACAACAGAUACUCUGCUCCACCAAACAUGUACCAAGCCACUCCUGUUUCCAGCCCCAAUAGCACGCCACAGCACAUCCCAAGAGCCAAAACUAUUGAUUCUACCACACAUCACCUGCGUCAUCACUCCUCACACCUAUAUUCAGAUUCAGCAGAUGAAGACAGCGGUAGCACGGCCCCUGCCGUGUCCCACUCUAUUCCCCCCACACAUGCCCUGUCUGAACAUAGUGGAAGUGACCUGAUGAAAAGGGCAGUCGCGUUUUUGAGGCGCAGUGGACGGAGCAAAAGCGAGCACAGCACAGAUUCGCCAAAUCGUCACUGUGCAGCAAUGAACGGCCACACCCCCUCGCCAUCUCCAGGACACACCCAGUCAUCUUACAUCAGCAGUGACAAUGACUCAGAGUUUGAAGAUGCAGAUAUGAAGAGGGAACUGCAGAAACUGAGAGAAAAACACAUGAAGGAGAUAUCAGAGCUGCAAGCCUUCCAGAGGAGCGAGAUUGAGCGUUUGUACAAAGAGCUGGGGAAAACACUGCCCCCUAGUGUUGGCCUUCUUCAUGCUGCUCCUCCAAGUGGCCGGAGACGCAGGACCAGCAAACACAAACUGAAGGCUGGGAAAUUGAUGAACCCAAUGGUGCAACAGCUCAGAAACAAUGUUAAUGCUUCUACUAGCGACAGAAAAGGUGAAAAUGCGAUCAGUUCAUCCGACUCUCCAGCUAAGAGCUCCCUGUUGUCUGAGGGUUCUACAGUUUCCAGUGUGAGCUCUGGAUCCAGUGCUCAGCCUAGACCUGGUCCAGUCCAAGUCCAGACUCAACAGCCAUGUUCCCUGAAGGGCUCUCUCUCCUCAGACAACAUCUAUACUGGACACAGUGACAGGAUGUUGACACAAGCAGCACAAGGCUGGAGCGUUUACCACCAAACGACAGAGAGAGUCACCUAUAAAUCUAGUAGCAAACCACGCACUAGAUUCCUCAGUGGACCUGUGUCUCUGUCCAUCUGGUCUACUCUGAAACGACUUUGUCUAGGCAAAGAGCGCAGUAGUAGGUCUUCCCUCAACACUGCUGCAGCCCAAAUGAUGUCUCAUCAGACUCCGCCCCCUCUGACCCCGCCCUCUCUGACCACACCUGCGCCAACUCCUCAGCUCCUCCCACGACUCGCUCAGGUCCAAACCAACAACAGCAACAACAAGAAAGGCACUUUCACUGAAGACCUUCACAAAUUGGUGGAUGACUGGACAAAAGAAACUUUGUCUGCUUCUCAUAAACCCCGCCCCACACUUAAUCAAAUGAAACAGGAACGACGACAACAAGAACUACAAGGCCCACCCAUUAGACCUGCUGCACAUGAGAUAAAAUGCCAUGCCAAUGUUGGUUGCAGCCAGUUCCAUCUGCCUCUUUCCUGCCCCCUGUCUGCUGCUUUAGGACCUGCUUUUCCCAAUGACCAUGGUCCAAACUCCUCCGCCAUUCUUCCUCCUGCAUAUCGCUUGCCCUUAGGAUUUUACAGCAACGGGGCAUCUUUUUCUCUGACCCCGCAGUGGCCCGGGGUGCCUGCUCCUCUGGUGGGCUCCGGGGGUCCUGCUGUAGGCCUGCUUGGUGCUGCAAGAAUAAUGCCAUUCGUUGCCAUGGCAAACCCGGGGAUGCAAGCCUACCCUGUGAUCAUGCACACAGCUGAGAAUGGUGCAUGUCCGAAAACCACUAGGACUACACAAUCAACCGUUUAAACAAGGACAUUGGCUCUACGCUUCAGGGGAGUCAUGUGUAUAAGAUACAAGUGUUAAGAUAUUCUUGAUACAACAUCUCUAUGUAGUUGUGUGUGAGUGGUAUGUGUGUAAAACUGUAAACCAUAAGUGUUAACAAUGUAUGCCUGAAUACCUAAUGGUUUCCACGCUUUGGUCACUGUCUCAAUUCUGCCAAAUGAUCAUGAAACAAUUUUUUAUGUCCACACACUACAUUUGUUUUGGGCAAAGUUGACAGUAUUUAUGAUUUCUAGUAAUGUUGUGCCUUGGACAUAGUUUUUUUGUGUGUGUUUCCAAUCAUGUCUGUAAACAAGUUAUUUAUCACUACCUUGAGUGUCUCAUUUUUAGUGCAUUCACUUUUUCAGUUUGUUUUCAUAAAUGCCCUUGUAGUAAUGCACUUUUUCAACACAUGCGCUUAUUUGAAUAAAAGUGUUUUAUUUUUAUUUACUUUCACCCUGUGUGACCGAUGACAUGCCAUAAUGAUGAGAUGUACAGUUGCCUUGUAAAAACCUUUGAAAUAUGACUAAAUUGCAAAGAUAUUUUAUGACGCCAGCAGCCAAAACCACUUCUUCAGGUUGAAUGGUUCAGUGGGACUCAGCUUCUUUGGAUUGGUCCUGUUGCAGACUUCUGCUGAGAGGGAAGCCGGAGUCCAGAGCCAAGUAUACUGUACAUAGUUAUUUUAUACAUGUCUCUGGUAGAGCUUUUAUCAGAAUGUAGCUAUUAUUACAGUUUGAGGAAGUUUGAAAGUUUGAGGCUUAAAAGUGCAAUUUCUUCUCUCCACAAAGCUUUGAUAGUGGCCUUGCCACAAGCCUUAUCUCUGGUGUAUGUAACAGAAGCCACCUGCAAAGUAGAACAUGAUCAAUCAUAUGUUGAGUGUAACAAGCAAAUGGUCACUCUUCAAAACAAAUCUAAUUAAGAAUAAAAACUGGUAAAUAACCUUCCUCUCAUCUCUGCUGCACUACAGCAUACACUGUAGAUUUCUUGUGCAAUCAAUUAGUUUAUGAAAGUAUUUUUAAAUUGUUUUAUGUUGAAAUCUUAGUUUUCUGUGUGUUUCUUAUGCUGCUAUUUUGAGGAAAUUCCACUGUACAGUUUCCACAAAUUGUAUGGUACUUAAAUAAAGAACCCUCUUAAAUGAA